AUGUUCAGGACCAAACGAUCGGGGCUCGUCCGGCGACUGUGGCGAAGCCGCGCGCCCGUGGAGGGCGACGGGGAGGCGGACGGAGGGACGCAUGGCCCCGGGGGCUGCUGCAUGGGCAAAGCGGCCAAGGUGGCGGCCAAGUCCCACGGCGGGUCGGAGGCCGAAUUAAAGGCGCUCACCCACUCCGUGUUCAAGAAGAUUAAAGAGAAACAAUUGGAGGUGCUUUUGCAAGCGGUCGAGUCCAAGGGGGGCGCCCGCAGCCCCUGCUUGCUGCUGCCGGGCAAAGUGGACGCCAAAGUGGGUCAAGUGUCUUACUCCCUCCCCAUGCUGCUCUACAAGGUGUUCAGGUGGCCCGACCUCAGGCAUUCCUCGGAGCUCAAGAGGCUGUCGUGCUGUGAAUCCUACGGGAAAGGCAACCCGGAGCUCGUCUGCUGCAACCCGCACCACAUGAGCCGCCUAUGUGAACUCGAGUCUCCCCCUCCUCCAUAUUCCCGCUAUCCCAUGGAUUAUCUUAAACCACCAGCAGAUUCUCCGGACUCAGGACCCUCAUCCAGUGAGACUGGGGGAACAACCUACUCGGCCCCUGUGGGGCUUUCAGAUUCCCUGGCCAUGCAGGAGUCGGGGGAACGGUCCCACUGGUGCGUGGUGGCCUACUGGGAGGAGAAGACCCGUGUGGGGCGCCUCUACUCGGUCCAGGAGUCCUCUCUGGACAUCUUCUACGAUCUACCUCAGGGCAACGGCUUCUGCCUAGGCCAGCUCUGCUCGGACAACAAGUCGCAUCUGGUGCAGAUGGUGCGCGCCAAGAUCGGCUACGGCAUCCAGCUAACACGCGAGCCCGACGGCGUGUGGGUGUACAACAGGAGCUGCUACCCCAUCUUCAUCAAGUCGGCCACACUGGACAACCCGGACUCGCGUACGCUGCUGGUGCACAAAGUGUUCCCCGGGUUUUCCAUCAAGGCUUUCGACUACGACAAGGCCAGCAGCCUGCGGAGACCCAACGACCACGAGUUCACGCAGCAGCCGCGCACGGGAUUCACGGUGCAGAUCAGCUUCGUGAAGGGUUGGGGACAAUGCUACACCAGACAGUUCAUCAGCAGCUGCCCCUGCUGGCUGGAGGUCAUCUUCAACACGCGAUAG